AUGCAAAUGUCGUUGGGAUACCAUUGGGUUGCAUUAUUUAUCGGAAAGUGUAGACCGAACUGUAUAAAGGUGACUGUACUACCAAAACUGCAAUACUGUCGCGUCGUGAGCAGGGAAUGCUGCGGGGCGGGGGGCGCGGCGUACACGUCGGACGCGGUGGACAGGCACUUGUGCAGUUUGCGGGUACCUUGCGAGCGCGAGCGCCGCACGCGCGGCCCCGCCGCCCCCGCCGCCCCCGCCGCCGGCGCCGCGCCGCUCGCGCCGCCCCCGCCCCCGCCGCCGCCCCCGACGCCCCCGCCCCCGCCGCCGCCCCCGCCGGGCCCGUUCAUCUACAACACAAUACACGCACCUGCGCUACCGCACCCGCUACCUUCGCCCUACGCCGACUCACGUACGGUCGAUACGGCCAAUUCGGGGAACAAUGUUUUGUUAGGAAACAAAUUACGC